AUACGCAUCAUUCUCUUUGACCACUUCUUCCCGCCCAGCAGCUUCCUAUUUCACGUACAAUCUUGUGUGUUAUACAGAACCUCUUCACCAUAUAAAUUCCAUACAGCCUACAGUUAACCCACUUUGAAAGCAUAUACACCUCCACCACAUUAUCAUCCACAAAAAGCUAGCUGCCCUAUUGUUUUUUCGUAACCCAUUAUUCACAUCAAUCAUACAAAUCUUCUCCGAUAUGGGCAUUGACAAUUGGUCUGUGUUAACUCGCCUGAGGAGGGCAGUGAAGAAGGUCAGGUUUUUGUUGGAUUUUAAUGUCAACCGGUGGCGUCUAGCUUCGAUGAUCAACCGUACUUCUUCGAGCAAUCACCACCGGCUAAGUUUCAAUGAUCGGCCAGGCUUGAGAGCUUGCACUGAUGAUAAUUUCGAUACAGAGUCUGAGGAAUCAGGCCCCUCUGCAAGGAGUUUACAGAGAACAAUAAGCUAUCCAUCCGAAGACGAUAUCGACAAGAGAGCUGACAUGUUUAUUGCUAAUUUCUAUCGCCAACUUAAGAUAGAUAGGCAGAUUUCGCUCGAACUUCAUUAUUGUCGGGACAAUAGCUUCGAGGCAAUCUCUCCAUGACAGUGUUCACCUUUUUUUUUUUUUUUUUCUUUUGUAAAUCUUCUCUCUCUUGUUUUGUUCUUGAUCAUUAUUUGCUGAUGGAGGCUUUGAUAUUUUUAAAAAAAGGGCCUGAAUAUUGAAUUUGUUGUUGUGCUGCUUUUGAUUUUGAAGAAAGGUUUUGUAUGGUGAUCGGGUUGAUAGAAGAAAUUGGUACGAGAUUGUAGUACUGCCUAUUGGACAAUUCAGAGAGUGUUCUUUCUUUCAUUGACGACUUAAAAAUAUUGUAAUACGAAGUAUCAAUUCUUUUGUGUACUUGUAAAGUUUCAAUGUAUAAUGUGUUUUCUCCCCCUUCAUUUCGCUCUUUGAUCUCAAUUCAACAUGCUUAUGAAUUGUAUAGAUCAUAUAUAGGAAGAAUGCAAGCAAAAAAUGCGACUUUCGGUUUCUUAUAA